ACUCCAAUUCACACCCUUGCACCAAAGGAGGAUCCCUUCUUUCAUCAAACCCCUGGUGGACUGGGAAUGGCUCUUCUAUGGCAAUUUUUCCCCUGUGAAUCUGAUGCUACUGCUCUUGCCUCCCUCUUUGCCCAGGUUACCCUCAAAUUUUUUCUCAGGUCUGAAAGUUUAAUUGAAUCUGUCACUUCCAAGCUCCUCUCAGGCCAGCUACCCUUCAUUUAGUGCCAAGAGAAAUCAUAAACCACAGGUGUGUGCUCCUCCUGCUCCUUGGGGGCUGCACCUGAGGCAAGUUAGGGUUUGCAGCCUGUGCUAUAUAGCCAGCCCCAUGGCACUUGCUGGCUGCUUUGUUGGAGGCUGAGAUGAACUCAGAACCUAGGAAGAAGCGUGGUCAUGUUUCCACCUCUGGGGACAAAAUAUUUAAAAAGACACCAAAGAGAAAGGAAACCUUUUCAGUCUAUAUUUACAAAGUACUGAAGCAGGUGCACCCAGACCUCACCAUCUCCUCCAAGGCUAUGAGCAUCAUGAACUCCUUUAUCAACGACAUGUUCGAGCGCUUGGCCUCGGAGGCCUCGCGCCUGGCCCAGUACAGCCACCGCUCCACCAUCACCAGCCGCGAGGUGCAGACGGCCGCCCGGCUCCUGCUGCCCGGCGAGCUGGCCAAGCAUGCCGUCUCCGAGGGCACCAAGGCCGUCACCAAAUACACCAGCAGCAAGUGACCACC